AUGGAGCAAAAUCUGAAACUAGAGCAAAGCAAGGAUAGUCCUGUUGUUGAUGCUAGUCAAUGUCGGCGUUUAAUUGGAAGACUUCUUUAUGUACAAGACACUCGGCCGGACAUAGCAUUUUUGUUAAACAUUCUGAGUCAAUUUUUUUCUGAUCCAAGGCAAACACACUUGAAUGCAGUGCACCAAAUUUUACGGUAUUUAAAGGCAACACCAGGUCAGGGAAUAUUUUUUCCAAAUGGUGGAGGAAUGAAUCUUGCGACUUAUUGUGAUGCGGAUUGGCUUGGUUGUCCUGCCACCAGGCGUUCUCGUACUGUGUAUUUAAUUCUACUUGGAGGUGCACCCAUCUCCUGGAAAACCAAAAAGCAUUCCGUUGUUUCCCAUUCUUCAGCAGAGGCAGAGUAUCGAGCCAUGGCAUCGUCUGUUAGUGAAACUUUGUGGCUACGUUGGUUAUUGAAACACUUGGGACCUCCUCCCAUUGGUCCUACACCUUUGUUUUGUGAUAAUCAAGUAGCAAUGCACAUAGCUAAUAAUCAUGUGUUUCAUGAACAGACUAAGCAUGUUGAAAUGGAUUGUCAUUUCGUCCGUGAACGAGUUGAGUCCAAAGAGGUUCGUCCAACGCAUGUUCACACUACACAUCAAGUUGCUGAUUUAUUUACUAAGGCUUUGGGUUCACAACGUCUUCACUUUUUGCUUAGCAAAUUGGGCAUUAGGAACUUACAUGCUCCAACUUGA